AUGAAAUACGCGGAAGAUCUGAAAGCUGCACUUCACAAGGUGGUCAUUCGAUCAGUGACGACGGUCCGCGAACGAGGAGUGUACGCGCCGAUGACCAGUUCAGGUGAUCUUCUGGCCAACGACAUCUACGUCUCUUGUCACAACGUCGUCAAAACCAGUACUCUCUUCGCAAACUUCCUUGAUUUCGCGACUCAUGUUCAAAGAAAGAUAGGUCACCUCCCACCACGCACGGAGUUCUUCUUGAACAUCAUCGAUCACAUCAUACCUACGAGUUCCAAAAUGGAAUUGUAG